AUGAACCUGUCUCCAUCCUGUCAACUUUCACUGCUCCUUCUGAGUGUCGUUACAGGUGUGUAUGGGCAAAGAAUCAUUGGGGGUGGAGUGGUACAAAACUACAGCAUCAAGUAUCAGGCCUCCCUCCUGUACUGGAGGUACCACUUCUGUGGAGCCACCCUCAUCCACCCGCAGUGGGUGGUGACUGCUGCCCACUGCUGGAGACCGAGGCACCGGAUCAAAGUGGUCCUGAGUGAGCAUAACAUCCAUAGGGUGGAGGGCUUUGAGCAGACAUUCACUGUCUCCUUAGUCUUGAGGCACUUUCAGUACCAACCCUGGACAUUUGACAAUGAUAUCAUGAUGCUUAAGUUGGAUCGUCCAGCUGUCAUCAACGCCAGGGUUGAGCCGGCCUCUUUGCCAGACCCGAACUCACCACCCUUGGCUGACCUUACCCAGUGCACCGUCAGCGGCUGGGGUGUGACCUGGCUCAACAGCUACAGCCUGUCACCUGUACUGAGGUCUGUGAAUGUGAAUAUCUUCAACAACUGCUGGCAGUACUACAACUACAGGAUCACAAAUAACAUGGUCUGUGCUGGUUCCCAGUCUGGAGGGAAAGACUCCUGCCAGGGCGACUCAGGAGGACCUCUUGUUUGCAACGGUAAACUUGAGGGCAUUGUAUCUUGGGGCUACCGUUGUGCCCUUGCUAGAUACCCUGGCGUCUACACCAAGGUCAGAAACUACCUCGGGUGGAUCAAUUGGGUCACCCAGAACCUAUAA